AUGAUUAUGGUCAUCACUGCCACCAGGUUAUUGACGACCUUUCUCCAAAGUUCUGCGCCGUCCUUGUGCUAUUGGGCUUCCAAGAGCUGCAUGAGUUGUACCGAGCUCUAUGAGGUGAACAUCCACCUGGCCGCGGCUGCGGUGAAUUUCAUCCUGUGCUCCUUCGCUUUGGCCUUCGUCUUCACUUUCGAGCAUACCUUUGAUGAAUAUCUUCGCCAGAUUGGGCCUUUCUGGAAAUUCUGGGGCGUCAAAGGUGUUGUGUCGGUGACCUACUUCCAGUGGGUGGUCUUGAGCUAUGGACCCUUCAACUUGGAAGAUAAGCGCAUCUACCUGCUGCACUGUUUGCUGAUGACUUUGGAGAUGCCGUUGUUGGCUGUGAUCCACUCGAGUUGUGCUUACCCCUACGGCAAGCCCUGGUUGGAAUAUCUGCUACUUCUCCAGCAGAAGGACAUGCGCGAGGAACUGGAGGAGACAGGUGGCUCUGAACCAGGCCCUUCGGUCGAGGAGACGGAUGAAAGCACGACAACGUCGCAGGUGGACAAUGCGUUGGUCUGUCUUUUCUACUUGGUCUAUUGGGUCCUUGGCUGUGUCUUGGCCCAUCGUUUCGUGGUCUUUGUUCUCCCCGUGCGCAACACCUCCACCGGGCCCCGGCCGCCCAUCUUCAACAAGACCUGCACGCAGGAUGGGGACAUUUGGCACUACAUCGCCAACCACCCUGACCUUCAUUUCCACAUGCAGAAUGAUACCAUCGAGAAGCAUCGCAUGCCCAACAUCGGGGGUGCCUGGCUUCAGCUUUGUGGGCAGACGGACCUCGACUGCGCCGCGGGCUUUGUUGGUUCAGCACAGUUGCGAUGUUCACCAACAGGUUCCUACACCUACAAGGGCGAGUGCACGCGGAUUCGCUGCGGCCAGCCUAAAGAGGAAGUGGGCCACGCGCGGCUGCACGAGUUUGGCCAAAUUCGCCGAUGGACCAGCGAUAUGGAGAUCAGCUACGAGUGCGUUCGGGGCUACAUCGGCCGUAUUCGGGGCAUCUGCGGCAAGGAUGGCGUUUGGCGUCUCAAAGGGGAAUGCACUGAGGUGGUGUGUCCAAAUCCGCCCCUGGUGCCGCGCGCCAAACCUCUUCUGGAGCCCCAUGAGUUGGAAAAUCGCACGUGGCAAGCGGGGACGUCUUUGCGCUAUCAGUGCGAAGAGCCUUUCACAGGCACGAUCACAGCUACCUGCGAGGACGACGGUUCCUUCCAACUCCAGGGCCGAUGCGUGCGGCGCUGCACGACGCCGCCGGCGCUGCCCAACAGCAUCGCUGUGUACAACAACAGCUUGGCGCAGACAGGUUUCUUCGAAGGUCUUCGUGUCACCUACCAAUGUAGCCCAGGAUACGGAGGUACGCUCGUGGCCACCUGCAGGGAGGAUGGCAAGUACAGUGUUGAAGGCGGCUGCAAGCUGCGCUGCACCGAUCUGCAGAGUUUUCUGCAGAGGGAGUUUGGCGCAUCCUGGAAGGACGAGCUUCACAUGAAUUCUUCCGAGAACCUGGAUCUCACAGGAACUGGGCAGGCGGAUCUGGUCCCACUGCGUUGUGGCGUGGGCCUGGAGGGUCAGCCUUUGGCAGCAUGCCAUGAGGGCAAGUGGCGCUUGCUAGGCGAUGCCUGCCGGCCCUUCCAAACCUCACAGGGAUGCAGGUGUAAGCUUCGAUGGAAGUACUGCAAGGGGCUUUUCCAGAACAAGUGCAUCCUUUGGCACGGCUGCCACCCGGCCAGCGAAAACGACGCGCUCAGCUGGUGUCAGGUGGAAGCCAACACUUGCGGCCGAAACACCUGGGACUAUUGCGUGGGAGAAGGUCUUCAGGAAGCCACUGAGGCGUGGCGCUUUAUGGCACUGGGCUGGCUCUGGUGGCGCGCUUGGUUCCCGUUUGUCGCCGUUGACGCCGCGGCUGUUUGUGUGGCAGAUCAAUGGCUGGUGCUGUUGGGCACCAUCCGGGCACCUGAAUGGGGUGAGAGGCCAAUAGAUUGGAAAGGACUGGGGAUGAAGAGUUGGGUCUUCAUUUGGACUAAUUACGAAGUUGUUAUGCCAUCGGAAACCCGCGCGGUGUUCCUCCGCUUCGGGCUUUGCGCCGGGGCAGUGGUCCUUUUGGCGAUUGCCCUGCUGUGGAUUUGGAAGCUUCGACUUGGACGAGGUUGUGGAAGGGAGCUUGCUCGUUCAUCUCAAUCUGAGAGCGCCAGACGACCAGAAGCCUUAGAAUUACAAGCUACCCAAUCAAAUCCCUGAA